AUGAAUGAAUGGCACAACACCAAUGUACCUUUGCAUCCACUGCUGUUGAUGCUUAUGCCCACUGCCGUCUCUACUCUUUGUCACAGCCAUCCUCUUGAAUACGUAGGACUUAACAAUGCAAAGAUGUUAUAUUCCAAAUUCCUUUCUGACAUUUCAAGAUCCGCCGCCGUCGUCACACAACUGACUGUGAUUUAUCUACACCAAGCCAACAGUGGUAUGAUGAUGGACAUGUCAUAUGCUUCAGAGGUCUAUGACAUGAGAUGUGAUGUAUGCUCAGGAGGCAUAGGACAUAGGCAGUGGUAUCCAGACCAAUUAUGUAAUGCAUACUACUACAAUGAUCGUUCUGAAAUGAGGAUAAAUAUUGGUUUCUGUAUACUGAACUUGAAUCCAGAUGAUAUCACAUGGUCAAAAACAAAUGCAAACAGACCUACUGCGCAGGAGGAUCAUUCUGAAAUGAGGCUAAAUGAUCAUUCUGAAAUGAGGCUAAAUUCAAAAAUGAAUGCAAACAACUUUACCACCAAGGAGUCCCUACCUAGCUCUGCCACUUCUGGUCCAAAUGACAUGGUUUUUCUUGCAGGUUUAAAGUAG